CACUGAUUGCCUCGCGGAAAACUGUGUUCCACUGUGAGCGCUCAGAGGCAGACUUGAGAAGAAGGGAGGGGUGCUAACAGACGUUUCUGGUUCAAACUUCUCAACGAGAAAACUCUUCGGAAGACACUUCAGCAAUGGCGGAGGCCCACCAGGCGGUGGCAUUCCAGUUCACCAUAACGCCAGAGGGGAUUGACCUGCAGCUGUCCUAUCAGGCCCUGAAUCAGAUCUACCUGUCCGGAGUACGAUCCUGGAAGAAACGAGUCAGCCGCCUGAGGAACAGGGUGAUCAAGGGAGUGUACCCUGCCAGCCCUUCCUCCUGGCUCUUUGUCGUCAUAGGGAUCCUGGCCACCAUGUACAUGCGCUCGGAUCCCAGCAUGGGGCUCAUCACCAAGAUCCAGCAACACCUGCCACUGAGUCUCCAUGUGUCGCUCAGUGCUCAGGGUCAGACCAUGCUGUCGGCGCUGCUCUUCAGCACUCUGCUGUGGCUCUCCCUUAUCCUCGCGCUCAGGUUCUGCCUCAAACUGCUUCUCUCCUACCACCAGUGGAUGUUCGAGCAACACGGUCGAGUUUCCAACACCACAAAAAUCUGGGUGACUCUGCUGAGGUUGUUAUCAAGCAGGAAGCCUCUGCUGUACAGCUAUCAAACCUCCCUGCCUCACCUUCCUGUUCCUCCCAUCAAAGACACACUGAGCAGGUAUCUGAAGUCAGCGCGCCCUCUGUUGACGGAUACCGGGUAUGAACGAAUGACUGAUCUGGCCAAUCAGUUCGAGUCUAACCUGGGCAACCGCCUGCAACGCUACCUGAAACUCAAAGCUCUGUGGGCCACCAACUAUGUGAGCGACUGGUGGGAGGAAUACAUCUACUUGAGGAGCCGAGGUCCCAUAAUGGUCAACAGUAACUACUAUGGCAUGGACUUUCUGUAUGUGACCCCGACCCCGGUGCAGGCAGCCAGGGCAGGCAACACCAUCACUGCCCUGCUGCUCUACCGCCGCAAGGUCAGCCGGGAGGAACUCAAACCGAGCCGUGUUCCAGGCACCGUCAUCCCUCUGUGUGCCGCUCAGUGUGAGAGGAUGUUCAACACAACACGCACACCAGGAAUCGAGACAGAUGUGCUCCAGCACUGGCAGGACAGUGAGUUUGUAGCAGUGUACCACAAAGGACGCUUCUUCCGCCUGUGGGUGUACUGGGCAGGCCGCCUGCUGUCUCCCAGGGAGAUCGAGCACCAGAUUCAGAGGAUCCUGGAUGACCCUUCUCUGCCGCAACCGGGAGAGGAGAAGCUGGGAGCUCUCACUGCUGGAGACAGGGUUCCUUGGUGUCAGAUGAGGAAGCAGCACUUCAGCUCCGGCAUCAACAAGCGCUCACUGGACUCCAUCGAGAGGGCAGCCUUCUUCGUGACCUUGGACGAUGAAGAUCAAGGCAUGAGGGGAGAGGACCCAGUGGGAAACUUGGACCGCUACGCUAAGUCCCUGCUGCAUGGGAAAUGUUACGAUAGGUGGUUUGAUAAAUCCUUCUCCAUUGUGAUCUACAAGAAUGGGAAGAGUGGACUGAAUGCAGAGCACUCCUGGGCUGAUGCACCGACAGUGGCUCACCUUUGGGAGUACACCCUGGCCACAGAUGCCUUCCAGCUGGGCUACACUGAGGACGGGCACUGUAAAGGCGAUGUGGACCGCUCUCUACCCAUGCCCCAGAGGCUCGCCUGGGACAUUCCCUCAGAGGUUCAAGCUCAGGUGUGCAGCUCCCUGGCUGUCGCCCAGGCGCUAGCAGACGACGUGGACUGCCAUGUGUUUCCCUUCAGAGAGUUCGGGAAAGGACGAAUCAAGAAGCUACGCGUCAGCCCCGACGCAUUGAUACAGAUCGGCUUACAGCUGGCAUACUACAGGGAUCGUGGUGGCUUCUGUCUGACUUACGAGGCGUCGAUGACUCGUCUGUUCAGGGAGGGCCGGACAGAGACGGUGCGAUCGUGCUCCAACGAGAGCUGUGACUUCGUCAAAGCUCUAGAGGGUGGAGAGGCAGGGGACCAAUGCAGGCGUCUCUUCCGACUGGCUUCAGAGAGGCACCAGAACCUUUAUCGGAUGGCUAUGACUGGAGCUGGAAUUGACAGACAUCUCUUCUGUCUGUACGUGGUGUCCAAAUACUUGGGGGUGGACUCACCCUUCCUCAAAGAGGUUUUGUCAGAGCCUUGGCGUCUCUCCACCAGUCAGACCCCAGUUCAGCAGAUGGAGCUGUUUGACCUGAAGAACAACCCCGACUUCAUAUCUCUGGGCGGCGGGUUUGGACCUGUCGCUGAUGAUGGUUAUGGUGUUUCAUACAUCAUCGUGGGGGAGGAUAUGAUCAACUUCCACGUGUCGUCCAAACACUCCUGCAGUGAGACUGACUCCCACAGGUUUGGAGCUCAGAUAAGUAAAGCUCUCCAAGACAUCAUGACUGUCCUCUCCGCCGACACCAAAACCUCCUCGUCCUCCAAAGGCUCAGCCCAGCCUCAGUCCAAGAAGCUCCUCUGAACAUGGACAAAUAUUCCCCGUAAGACGUCCAAGCUGAGUGUAGAAACCAUUAAGAACCCAUAAUGUAGAACCUGUUAAAGCAAUAAUAAAGCUGACAAUGCAGAACAAUAAUAACAUACACUUUGGACCACCUCCAGCACAGCAACACAUUGUUUUAAACACGCCUGCACACAAUAUUAUUGUUUCCAUUCUUCCAUUACAAAAACAUAGUUGAAUGGGCGCUAACGAAUAGAUUUGACCGUAUUCUGCAUUAAUACGAACAAUUUUGUUUUUGUCAUCUUUACGAGCUGUGUCCAUCAGAGAUGCAAAAUGCUUCAAAUCCCUAUUUUCUCUGAGAGUAUGAAAUCUGUGAUGGUCGAUUUCUUUGAGAAAGAGGAAGCAAAGGUCAUCACUUAAGAAGGAAGGAAAAGGAAGAAGCAGAGAAGGAGACAAAUCUCCCUGGCACUAGGCCGAAAGCAUUACGAGACACUUGAUCUCAAUGAAAGGGAAAGUUUCUAAGGUUAGAUUCAAAAUCUGAAAAACAGGAAGCAUUAAAAGAAGGAUAAGAAGAUAAAUCUCAAUGAAGGGAAAAGCCCUUCCAGCUGUUACGGAGUUAUUUUACCUCCAUGUGCCUCAGCCUCUCAGCGACACCGUCAGUGACGGAUCUGUUGUUACAAGUAACUGCAGUAAAAUGCAAAUUCAAGGAUACUGUGGCUUUCAUACAACACCUACUGAUAACUGUUGAAUGCUUCCCGAGAAUCCGUUUGUUGUACAGUUUUUAUAGUGACUGUUACACUAAAUGUUCCCCCUCUGGAGUUUUCAUGCAAAAUGAAGACACCUGUGGGUUAAAGGUCGUUGUGAUCAUUGUGUAAUAUUGAAGGUAAAAUAAGAAAUGCCACAAUACAAUAAAAAAAAUCCACUCCAAGUAAAAGUAAGUAGUAGUUAAAGUACUCAUUAAGCAACUGAAUAUCUACUUAAAUUAUUUUUUAUUAUUAAUAAUUAAUUGCCAUGUAAGCAGGAUUUAAUGUUGGCGCUGGUUAGAAAAUAUGAAUCUGCAAAGUAACAACCUCACUAGAGCUCUCAGAUAAUUGUUAGUUGAGUAAAAAGAUCGAUCUUUUGUUUUGAAUAACCACGUUUCCUUAUGAGAACUUGAAUGCAAUGGCUUGAAACUGGAAGUGGUGACUGAUGUCUUUGAACUCUUGUUUCAGAUGUAAGGUUAUCUGUUAUGAUGUUAUGAAGGCUGCCGACUCUUGUGAGAUGUGUGCACCAGCGCUGUGCUCACACAAGAGCCAUGGCAACACCAAAUGCCAAAAAGGUUUUAGUCAUUACAUCACAUUUCAUUUUCAUUUGACUUGAAUGAAAUUUAAUUCAAAAGAUUGUUUGAAUUCAGUGGUUCCAUAAGGAUUCCGAUUUUUCAUGAUUCAGGUUCAUUAUCUGAGGAGACUUGUUGUUUUCAAUGUUGGACAAACGCAUAAAAGGGAUCAAAUGUUCAGGAUGUGUUUUAUUUACAGCCAUGUGUCGGGAGGAUGGAAGGAAAUGAGGGAAGAAAAAUGCAAAUGACUUUUUCAUUAUAGUUUUUAUUUUCAGUUCAGUGGAUUGAUUUUAAUAAGGUCUUAGUUGUUAUCGGUCGAAUGUUUUAGAUGACCGUAUGGAUGUGCUUCAGCUUAUCAGACACAGUUGAGUUUUACUGCUGUUGAAUGUUUCCCUCUGGGUUGACAUUACUUCAGAAACAAAGUGUAAAAAUGGUACAAAAUUAAAAGAACACUUGGGAGCUAGUGCUACCAGGAGAGGCGAUCAAUUGUGUGUGUGUGUGUGUGUGUGUGUGUGUGUGUGUGUGUGUGUGUGUGUGUGUGUACAGUAGAUGCACUUUGGAGCAGGCAGGAGUACCAUCACAGGGGCUUAAAUAUGUUUUGCCCCUGUCCACAGCAGUACAUCGCUUUUAGAAAAUCAAUUAUCACAAUAUUUUCGACCAAAUAUAUUGUAGGGGUGACCUAUUGGAGCUUUCUCAAAAAUAUUUACACAAUGAGAUUUUUGAUAAAUAAUCAUCAGUAAUGUGGAUGUAAUGUAAGUGGGUAAAGGCAAAAUAAUAGAAGAGCUACAACAGUCUGCUAGGUUCAGAGAAUGACAUCACCUUUAUGCAGCCUUUAAAACCAGGAAGACACUUAUGCCAUAUUACGACAUCCAAAAUCUAAGAAGAUAUCUAGUCUCGUAUCGCGAUGUCGAUAUAAUCUUGACAUAUUGCUCAGCACUACCUGCUUUGCUUCUGUGCCGUAACUCCUGCCUGCUUCUCCAAACGGGGGCCGUGCCGACCGCCAUCGACUAUGGAUAAGGACCUCAUACAACCACACUUAAAAAAAAAUAAAAAAUAAACUACCCCUUUAAGAAACAAACGUGUGCCUGGAUUCAAGUAUCCAUUCAGUAAAACAGUUUCAAUGCAAUUUUUAAAUCAAUGCAAUUGCUAAGGGAAACCUUAUUAGUAACAUUAUUGUUUAAGUGUCUUUCUGUGUGUUAACAAGAAUGUACUUCAGUUGGUCAGUUAGUUACUGUUCGCAUCGUCAGGGGAUGUUGUCAUGUGAUGUAGUGGUAAAACAAAAAGUACAUAGAAAUGUACAACUGAUAUUUUUCAUUCCUGUUUUCCAAUCCUAAAAUGACCAGACUUUUCAUGGACUAAUAGGAAUAGAAACUAAAAAGUUCCUGGUUUUUGUUAACCUCCCACUUCAUCUCUGACAUGUUUACUCUUACUGUAUGAUAUCUCUUUUUUUCAGAAAGAUUGUUGACUUAAUAUUUUACUAACAUCAGACCACAGUGUUGUGUCUCAGGUUCAACAUUUACAGGCUCAUUUCCCAAACUGUUGAUGGCCAGAGCUGCCAUCUGUUUUCUAUGAUCCCCUGGUGACACAGCCACAACGCAUAAAGACAAUUUUUACAGCUGUGGCAAUAUACACAACUUCUCUACCUCCAUCCAUGACUUGUUUUCAAAGUUUUCUUUUCCUCUUUUCUACAUUUGUUCUAAUUUGUUAUUUUAACAACAAUUUUAAAACAUUUUUUAAAGUUCAUGAUCACAAAGCUUAUUGUGUUUGCAUCAAAAAAAGCAAUCACAGCAGAAGUCCGCUCCUGCCAUCCGUACUUACAUGGUAUAUAUUUUUGUAGGGAAUACUACAAAGAGUCCCCUGCUCUCUUAAAUAAGGGCGUGUUAAAGUGUUGGUACAUUUAAGAUAAGUUGUUGUAGUUUAGAUAGUAGCUUCAGUUAAAUGUAUCAAAUGAUCAGUUAUUUUAUUUUGAUUUUAAACUGUGUCGUUCUUCACUUGAUGCCUUGAUGCCUCAGCCUCCUGCCUGAAAACCAUGAAGCCAGUCAAACCCACUCUGUGCCUCAGCCUACUCCUAUUAUUAUUAUUAUUAUUAUUAUUAUUAUUAUUGUCAAGUAAUAUGUGAUGGGUGAAGUGAUCCCAUGGCUUUCAACAGUUUGGACAAUGAGCCUCUCACACAAAGUAUCAAAGUUGGCAUUUUGCAGCAAUUUUACAAUUUGCUUUAUGUAAGAACUAAACUUUAACAUUAGUACAGUCUUUUCUUACUUAUUUGAUUUUGGGAUUUUUUAAAUUGUUUAUUUCUGUGUAAUAUCAUGCUACUGUUUGUACUCUUGGUUAAUAGUGAUGCUUGAACAUUUUUGAUAAAUGUGUGUAUUGUAUAUGAUAUCCCAUGUUUUUUGAAUUUACACUCCACAAGAUGCUUAUUAUUGUUUUGUCGCUGGUUUUCAUUCUAAAACGUAUUUAAAUGUUUAAAUUUAGCUGUUGAUUUUGUGAGGAAGGCCUUUAACAGAUGGUGAUGGCACGUCAUGUGAAAUAAAAUACUUACCGACCCUA